AUGGCGGGAGCAGGUCAUAUUAGUUUCAAAGCUACUGCCACCAAAACGACUCUCUGCAAGCUGAGACGCACGGGUGCCGUGGUCGAAACAGACUCGGAUCUGGAGAGCAUGCUCAGCGCUAAGGCCCAAUACAAGGCGGCCCUCAAAAUCCAAAGCCGGCUACAAGGCAAAGAGGACAUCUCCCAAGAGGAGAAGUCCAAACUAGCCUGGGCUGAGCAAAAGGUAGAAGAGGGGCAUCUUCACUAUGCGCAGCUGCCUCAGAUGAAGGCGACGAAGGGCGAAUUCGCCAAUAGGGUUGAGGAGAUGAUGGCCACCAAAAGGCAACGCUCGAUCGAGAGUGCCAAGGACACUGCGGCGGGCAAGCGGCAACGCGGGCCCAAUGUGGUUAUCCCUCAACCUACGACAAAGAAGCCCAAGCAGAAGGCCAAGUUGAGUGACAUGUUCACGAGACACCUCUUCGUGGCCUUGAUUGACCGCAGCGAGGAAAAUGGGAAAAUUACGGCGGCGCAGUGGAAACAGGUCCACGCCCAGCUGGUGGAAUCCCUUUUCGCGCGAAUGGAGGACGCGCUGCACGCUCCCAUGCCCACCUUCGACGGUGCGGGAUGGCUGAACAUUGUGAAUAUCCUCAAGAGCAACGAUGACCCGACGAAGAAGUGGCAGGUGCAAGUAGUGCCCAAAUUGGAAGCUCUGUGGGAGGGGCCAAGCUGGAGGUAG